AUGGGUGAUACGAAUGGACGAGUAGUAGCUGGCGGCAAUGACCGAGGAGAUCGAUUGGAUCAAUUGUAUUGUCCAAGCGAUGUGUUGAUCGAUAAAGAGACGGAUAGUCUCAUUAUUUGCAAUACUGGACGAGUCGUACGAUGGUCUCGUCGUAGUGGUACAACUCAAGGAGAAAUCCUCAUCGACAACAUCAAGUGUUGGGGAUUGACCAUGGAUGAUCAGAGAUAUCUCUACAUCUCUGACACUGACAAACAUGAAGUAAGACGAUAUCAAAUAGGAGACAAGAAUGGAACUCUUGUGGCUGGUGGCAAUGGCAAAGGUGCUGGUCUCAAUCAACUCAACGAUCCGUACUACAUCUUUGUCGAUCAACAACAGACUGUCUACGUGUCAGACAGGGACAAUCAUCGUGUAAUGAAAUGGAAUAAAGACGCAAAAGAAGGAAUUGUCGUCGCUGGAGGUCAAGGACAAGGGAAUGCUGUGACACAAUUGUCGAAUCCUCGUGGACUCUUCGUCGAUACAUUGGGCACCAUCUAUGUGGCAGACUCGGGAAAUAAUCGAGUAAUGCGUUGGCCUAAAGGAGCGAAACAGGGUACUGUCAUUCUGGGUGGAAAUGGUUGUUCAAAAACAAUGCAGUUAUUAGUUGAACAUGAACAAUUUGCUAAAAUGUUUAUUAAUGAAUAUACUGAAAUUUCAUACGUGAAUAUUUUUAUGGUUCAACAUCCAUCUCAUACACUUUUACAACAAAAUGGUUUUACUCAACAAGUUUAUCUUAAAUAUAAACAAGAAUGUCUUGAUGAUAAAAAAGAAACAUUGAUUGUAGAGAAAAAAAAAAGAUUAUUAGGUCAGUACAUAUUUACAAUAUUUCGAGAGAAACAAGCUACUGUACGUGUUAAACUUGGUCCUGGUCAAUCAAUGGAAAUGAAUACACUCUAUCGUUUUUAG